AGCUCAGUCUGCAUCCUGACUGGACCCUCCAACUGCCACUCAGCCCAGAGAAACUCCUCUUGAGAAGACGGCUCUGAGACGCUUCUGCACAUUGGAAAAGUUUCUUCUCUGUAACGCCUCUCAAAAAGAGGAUUUGGUAAAAUCCCAAUAAUAGGGAGACAACCAAGCAGUUCUAUAGAGUGGAAAGUGUUUCCUCCAGUAUGGUCCCCCUGUGAGCUGAAGAGUCGUAUUCACUUUAGGGCUGAAGGAAAUGAACCUUAUCAGGUUUGUCCCCUGAUUUUGGUGAUUAGUUGGCAGACAUGGCAGACUGGAACUUGUUAGGGAAGCUGCUGGAAAGUGCCCAGGAACACUCCACCGUUGUUGGCAAGGUCUGGCUGACGGUGCUGUUCAUCUUCCGCAUCCUGGUGCUUGGAGCAGCCGCGGAGAAGGUGUGGGGAGACGAGCAGUCUGGGUUCACAUGUGACACCAAGCAGCCCGGUUGUCAGAACGUCUGCUAUGACAAGACCUUCCCCAUAUCUCACAUCCGCUUCUGGGUGAUGCAGAUCAUCUUUGUCUCUACGCCUACUCUUAUUUAUCUGGGCCACAUCCUUCAUCUGGUACGCAUGGAGGAAAAGGAGAAGGAGAAACUCAAGGACCUUGAUAUCAAGAAUGAAAAACAGCAGCAGUUAAUCAGCUAUAAGCCCAAAAAAGCCUCAGUUAAAGACAACCAGGGCCAUGUGCGAUUGCAUGGUGCUCUGCUGCGAACGUAUGUCUUCAACAUUAUCUUCAAGACUCUCUUUGAAGUGGCGUUCAUUGUAGCUCAGUACUUCCUGUACGGAUUUGAGCUGAAGCCAAUGUACACCUGUGACCGCUGGCCCUGCCCUAACAUGGUGAACUGCUACAUCUCUCGACCCACAGAGAAGACGGUUUUCAUCCUUUUCAUGCUGGCAGUAGCUUCAGUAUCCCUACUCCUCAAUCUGGUGGAAAUGUACCAUUUAGGUUUCAAAAACUGCCACCAAGGUCUUCGCUACAGACGGUCAAAGAAGGAAAGAGAAGCUACCAAGGCCCUGACUGAGGGGGUCAUACCUUUCGCCCCAAACUACACCUACUUCACAGGCCACUCUACUGUGGCCGAGCCUUUUCCGGCAGACUCCAAGUACCGCACAGCAGAGCCAGACUCCGCUUACAGCCCCUACAACAGCAAAGCAGUUUACAAGCAGAACAGAGACAACUUGGCCGUGGAGAGAAAAGGCAGAUCAGAGGUAGACGAUUCAGAGAAAGCGAAAACAUCCAGUCCUGUUACUGAGACUCCUGUUGAAAGCCAACGUAGAAACAGUCAGUCAAGCAAGCACAGCAACAACAAGGGCAGGAUGGACGACCUCAAGAUCUAAGAAGUUCGUCUUCAGUCCAGAGCUCAGGGACGACGGGAAAAAGCCAUUGCAGCAUAUAAAAACAUAUCCAUCUGAGUUCCACAGAUUUAACCAUUGUAGUAAACAGUAUCAACAGUAUCAAAAGGCUUAGACAAAGCAGGCUAAAAAAUGACAUGUUGUCUUCCAUUAAAGAAACAGAAAUAAUCUUCAAGCCCACACACCAGUAAUUCAAAAUGUCACUAAAUCAGAGUGGAUUAACUGUUUCAGUGACACAGAGAUCAGACACAACGCCCACAGUGCCUCAAAAAAGUCUUGACCUUGUCAUAUUUUGUCACAUUACACCACAACUUUAAUAUUUUCCAACUGAUUAAAGCGAUAGACAAAUAAUUAGUGCAUCAAUCUCAAAGGAUCAGAAGAACUAGUUAAGCUUCUUUAAUAUUUUUUUGCUUUUAGUCCCGUGACUCAGUACUUUAAAGAAAACCCCUUAGUUGUUGGGGGUUGGGGGAUACCUGAAGCAGCUUUCUAAAUAGUGAAGCCGCAAUGGUUUUACUGCAAUCACGGUGUGUUUAGGGUUUAGGGUUUAGGUGGUUUGCCUGUGUUGGUUGGUUUUAUCUGUUUUAUCUGUGAUCCAUGUUUGCUCUGUCUGCUAUGUGGGCAAUGCUAACCUGGGCUUCUGGUGAUUUCAUUUGAAAUAUUGUCUAUUUUUAUUGCUCAAACACAGUCAACAAUGGGCCCUUGGUUUGCCUCUGUGGUCAAUGACUUCCUUGGACUCAUAGUUUAGGGAUGGCACUGUUUCCGGGACGUUUUCCAGCUGCUAGACUCUUUAUGAGCUCGGAUGAUGGGGUAUUGCUUUAUAAGCUCACCCUGCUUUGAACAUCUCUCUACUUUAUCCCUGAUCCCACCUGAUCUGUGUGCUGCUUCAUAAUUGGUUACAUGUUCAGGGUCAUCCUCAAGUUAUCUACAUGCACAGAUAUUAAAUCCCUGAAAAUACUCAUUGGAUCUCUUUUACUCUUUGUGCCACUUCUGGAGGCAGUAAUGUGGGCUCACUACAGAUACUUUUUGUUAGUAAAUCACAAAAACCCCCAAUAAAACAGAGAUAAUAGAGUGUAUUUGCUGGAGUGGAUGAUAUUGAGUCAGAUACCUCAGAGAAAGUAUGCGGUGUGUCUGUUUACAUUAAAACAGUGGCUGGUUUAAAUGCUA